AUGGUUACUGGAAUGGUUACUGGAAUCGUCUCUGCUGUGCAAAUGAUCGACUGCGGCCUCAUAGGCAUCAUUACCAAGUUCAACUUGAGAAAGAAGAAGCAAAAUUCGAACCCCAAACAACAGAUCGUGUCCCGGCUUGAUCUAAUGAGAAGAGAACAAGAGAAUAGCCAGCCUUCAGAAUCCCAUCUCAGGUCAGGAAUCCAAACGUUUAAUACUGUUGAAUCCAGCGCAAGCGUGCACACGCAUGACGAGUCUGCAGACUAUAAAGUGAUCAAAGACACCAACUGGAUUGUUCAGCCUAUAUGA